AUGACACUCCAAGAAAAGUAUGGAGGAGUCGCAACCAAGGACCAAGCAUGGCAAACGUUACUCGACAAUCAGUGUAGGCAAAAGAAAGGAAAAGUCGACGAUUACAUUGGGAAUCUCGACAUCCUAUUUCGCUACGCCGAAAUCGACGACGACUAUACCAAGCUCGUCCAUUUCAAGCGAGGCUUGGAAACAAAGUUGGCAGAAAAAGUCUUCCUUACUUCGAAUCCUCCAACCACGUACGAGGAUGCUUGCGACAGUGCAAGACAAGUCAACGACCUUCGAAACGUCCAUAAGGGAAAAAGCAAUAUCUUCGAUUUCAUCACGCAUAUGAAUCAGGGCGAUUCAAUGAAUGAAGGAGAUUCAAUGGAUAUAGAUGAUCCCAAUGCAAUGGACGUCGACAGGACACGACGUAUAGGACAAGUACAGAGCCGUCCGGUCAAGAAACGUCUCUGCUAUCGAUGCAGGAAGCCAGGGCACGAGAUGAAUCAAUGUCCCGCAAAGGAGCCAAACAUCGAUCGAACUUUGCCUGUACAGGUCGCAUCAAAGAAGAAGCAGAAAAAGACUUCUUCAAUUAAGAAGAAGGAAGAGCGCGUAUCCCGCGGAUCAAAAGAACCCUCAAAAGAUCCGUCGAUCACGAAGAAGAUGCAAAAGCGGAUUGAGCAACUGGUAACAAAGUUGGUCAAUGCCAAGCUUGUCAAGCUUCUUCUCGGAGGUGACAAUCGAGACCACCGUGUCGAUCAGAAGAAAAAGGAAGCCGAAGAAGAAGACGAUGACGAACCUAUGGAUAUCGAUCGAAUGUCUGAACAUAUUCUUGGCAUGAAUACCAUUUGA